ACAGAGCGUUGAUGACUGGUAUGGAAAAAAAACAUCAGAGCUCUGGCAUCGCGUUCUGAUGACGUAUGGGACUCUGUCAUGGUAGAACGAUGGAGGUGGAGACAGCGAAUCAAGAGAGUUCAUGGCUUCCGCUUAUUCUUGAAAUUGUGAAAUGCAUGGAUAAAGACAACCAGGAUGUGAACCAGGAGCUUUCGAAGCUGAAGAGCCGCCUCCAAGAGACCAGGGAGAAGAUCUUGGCCAUGCCCGAGAUAGAGAGCAGUCCUGGGGAGCAACAGGAGCAGCUGAGGUCUAUGAGGGACCAGGUGGAGACCAAGACUCAGCUCCUGCAGAAAUACAAGGGCCUAUGUGUAUUUGACUCCUCCACAGUACAGAAGGACCAAUGAUGAAUGGAUGGACGAACCAUAGAGAAAGAACAUGCCUGGCAUGGACUACAAAAAGAUUGUUCAUAAUGCUGGAAGGCUAGAUGGCCAUUGGCAUUCGUAGAUUGCACAUAUUUCAUCUCUAGCCGUAGCUAUACUUUGUAAUAGCAGACAAGUGUUGAUAAUACAGGCCGCUAAUAGCUUCUGAUGUAUAGAGUAUAUAUUUUGUUAAUUCUAUUGUCAUAUGUACUGCAAAACAAAACAAAAAUCUUAAGUGAG